AUGGAUUACCUUCGUUCAAAUGUCCUACGGAGAGGACAAUCCUCAGAUGCGCAAACGCAGGAUCUAGAACAGCAGGGUCAACCGGAGAUGGGGGAGCAAUCAGGUUCCCGUUCAAGACGCUUCCCAGUCGGUCGUCCAUCCUUGCCUACGCUGUUCACGAAUCGGUUGCGUACAGGUGGACAAAAUCAGAGUGCCGGUGAUGACAGGGCUGAAGAUGAUAGCCCAAAGACGCCGCAUGUCGAUUCAGGAUUUCCAAAUACGUCUUCCACCCAUCUACGUGUACCAAACUUAACACGGACCGAAGAAUACUCGCGUCCAACUUCUGGCCAGACUGAGACGCCGUCUGCGCCUACAUCGCAACAAUAUCCACCUCUGACGCAGACCGAAAGACUUCCUACCGUAUCCGAGCCGAGACCUUCGUAUAGGCGUGGUAGCUAUAGAGAUGUCGAUACCGGGCGAUCACAACUUCGAGGCGCUGAUCCUGGUGAGACUCGUUUGGUCGAUCAGGUAGACAGAACAAGACGUAAUCGCAGCCGAAGGCAUAGACAACAUGCGCGACCUGAGAAGUUUUUAUUUUGUUUCCCCUGGGUUAAAUCUAGGCGAAUACGCUCUCAGAUCCUGCGGUGUUUCGUCUCGGGCCUCUUUUUAAUGCUUAUGCUGUCUAUCUACCUCGUUCUUUCGAUCUCGAAGAAAGUGUACAGCAGCGAGUUCACAGUGCUUCUAAUCGUCAUCAUUUUAUUCUCAACUAUCUUCUUCUGCCACGGCCUAAUAAGAAUAUGCAUGCUGAUCAUCAAGCCGCCCAAUGAAGAUGAAGAGCAGCCCCCUUUACCACGGCUAAUGGAACCUGGUGGAUACGCUGUCCCACGACGGCCAAUUCAUGUGAUUCUCGCGCAAGACGAGGAAGCUGCAGGGAUGGAUAACGUCGCUAAUAAGCUAGAGCCUCCGGCUUACGGGUUAUGGCGCGAGAGCGUGCGCGUGGAUCCGGAUCGUUUAUAUUGGCAACGUAAUGACCACCCUCCUACGGAAGCCAACGAAGAGCGGCACACCCGUCCUGAGACGGCUCGCCCACCGUCCUAUGCAUCUGAGGAUGGCGUAUCCUACGUUGUUGAGGCUCGUCCAAGGUCCAUAGCCCCCCUAUCUGACGUCCCACUUCCGCCUCAUCCAUCCGAUGCUAGGCCACCAUCCGCGACGGAGCGGCCUUGA